AUGCCGCUUCACAAGGGAAAAAAGAAAAUGAGCCCCAACGCGAACUUUGCAAUCUCAAGUGGGGUGGAGCCUGUGUUAACGGCUCCGUCAGCUGCCUCACCCAAAAAGACCAGGCUCUUACACGAACGUGAGCAGCCCACAAGCCCGGAAAAGAAGGAGCGACGUCGGAAACAAGUUCGCCUGGCACAACGGGCAUAUCGGGCACGAAAUGAGGCAAACACCACGUUACUCAAACAACGUAUUGCCCGACUAGAGUUUGCUCUAGAACGUCAGAGCAGGGCGGUCGUCCUCUUCAGCGAUUUCCUGGCCGAGGACUCAGUUGUUAUUUCCCGCCCGCAUGUGGCGGAUCGUCUUCGGGAAACGGUGAAAAUAUGCCUUGAUUCGGCCAUAUGGGGUGAUGAGUCCGAGGAGGAUAUUGGCCAUUUGCAACUAAAAGAUACAUCCUUCAGCGUACGAACGCCGAUAAAACAACCACUUUCCCCGAGAGAUUACUCUAAGUACUCUCAUCCGCAUAUUGAUUUAAGCUUGCCAAGCGCAGGGCCUCGCAUCCAACUCUUGCCGCUUGAGCGAGACCGUGCCAUAGUCGAAGCACCGGUCUUUGUGCAGUAUCUCAGGAUAUCAUGUCUAUACCAAGGAUUCUUGAUGCUUAAAAACCCGUCUGUUCCGCUCAAUGCGUUAAGGCGGCCGUUUCGAUUUCUUUUAUCCCUGGUCCCGCGGGAAACCAUCACGUUGUUCUUCUAUAAUUGUCUCUAUGCAAGGCUGAACCAUAACCAGCCAGACAAGUGGACCGAGAUUCCGUUCUUCAGACUUGGAGGUGCAGGUACACACUAUCGUGAGGUACUCUCGUCGAGGGAGAAUAAUACAGAGGCGCGAGAGCCAAAGCAGCAAUACGUUCCCGUAGAACAUGGUGCCCGGUCGGCCUUUUCUCUAGAGGCUCAAGAAGAGCUUGAAGGGGAUUGGUUUGAUAUUUGGGACUUGGCGGGGUACUUGCGUUCAGAGGGAAUCACUCUUUCGACAGCACCACCAACUGGGAACACUGCAGAUCGCAAGGUGAAUGCAUUAGACUUCACAGCAGCUUUAGUGGAGAAGGGAAUAUGUCUCGGGCGCAGUCCUGGGUUCAAGCGAAGUGAUGUAGAGGCAGCAAUUAGCCUGUCAUCCUGGAGGUGA